AUGCCCAAGGCACUCCACUUCAAAGGCGACAAGAAAGUCAAGAAGCGCAGAAAAGCUGCCGACCCGUACGAUGUCGAUGAGAAGCCCUCGAAGCAGCUCACCACGAGCGCGCCUGCCGAAGCUGAGAGUGACGACUCUUGGGUGAGCGCGGAUGCGCCCAGCGACAUCUCAGGGCCAAUCGUCAUUGUGCUGCCUACCGAUACACCGACUACCUGUCUCGCAUGCGACGCGAAUGGAAAAGUCUUUGCAAGCGAACUCGAGAACAUAGUCGAGGGCGACGUCGCGACGGCUGAACCGCAUGAUGUGCGCCAGGUCUUCGUUGCGAAUCGCGUCGCUGGCACCGAACAGCUCAGUCUGAAGGGCCAUCACGGAAGAUAUCUGAGCUGUGACAAGUUCGGCGUCCUAAGCGCAACAGCAACUGCCAUCUCCCCCGAAGAAACCUUUGUCGUCAUUCCUGUACCCGACAACCCCUCUGCAUUCUCGCUACAGACUGCGCGCGACAACUUCCUGACCAUUGACGAAUCAACCGGAAAAGCCCCAGAGCCACGAGGCGACGCAGAACACAUAAGCUUCAACACCACUUUCCGCAUACGCAUGCAAGCCCGCUUCAAGCCGCGACUCAAGGCGAGCAAGGAAGAGAAGGCAAACGUCAAGAUUAGUCGCAAGGAGCUGGAGGACCAAAUUGGCCGACGUCUGAACGAUGCUGAGGUCAAGAAACUAAGGAAGUCGAGGGUGGAAGGGAACUUCCAUGAGACAGCCUUGGACAUGAAAGUCAAAUCUAGCCACGACAAGUAUGCCAGCAUGUGA